AUGGCCACCCAUCUCGCCGCUGUCUCCCUCGCAAAAGGUGAGCCCUUUGAGCUCCAAACCCGUCUCACGCCUAAACCAGGCCCAGACGAGCUCCUCAUAGAGGUCAAAUCUGUAGCCCUCAACCCGGCGGACGGCAUCAUGCGUGAUCAAGGACUCUUCAUACCCGCCUACCCCACGGUCACCGGCUUCGACAUCUCGGGGCUAGUCCUCGAGGUCGGCGAAAACGUCCCCGUCGGUGCUACUGAUGAAGGUCCGGGCCCUUUUUUCCGACCAGGGAUCACUCGCAUAGCGGCCUACGCCGCCUCCAUCUGGAAGUCCUGCGACCCUGACUACGGUGCUUUUCAGGAGCGGUGCCUCGUCCCCUGGCAGCAUGCCCUGCCUCUUCCGGAUGAGGGUAUUUCUUGGAACCAAGCGGCAACCUUGCCCGUCGCCGUUGAGGUACCCCUAAAUGCGUGGGAUGUUAUGGGAAUUCCACGAGUGGGGGCAGGCAAUGCUUCUUCAGUUUCUGCUGCCCCAGUCGGCGCCGGUACCAGCGGAGGAUCUCAGAAAAUAAAGAAACAAAAGACAGACGCCCUAUUAAUUUGGGGUGCUUCCUCUAGCGUGGGCACGAUGGGCGUGCAAAGCGCCCGGCUGCUACGGGAAGAUCGCGACUCUUCUUUCGCCGCCGUGUAUGCCACGGCCGGUGUGGCGAACCAGAAAUACGUAAACUCCCUAGGCGCGGAUCGCGUCUUCGAUUACAAAGAGCCGCAGGUUGUGGAUGCGAUUGUUUCGGCGGCCAGAGAAGACGGCCUAGUGAUUCGGCACUGCUUUCUUGCCACGGGGCAGCUGGCGCCUUGUCAGGCCGUGCUUAAGGCUUUCGUCGGGGAUGAUCAAGGAAGAGAGAACCAGAAGGCGAAGAUCGGGUCGGCACCGAUUAUUCCUCCGGAUGCGGAGGAGGUGAACGGGGUGGAAACCAUCUUUGUGCUGCCGUCCACGGACGAAAGGGAGAGAUUGACUCAGUUCCGAUAUUGGUUAGGGACGUGGCCGAGGGAGAAACUGGCCAACGGGACUAUCAGGCCGAGUCCGGAGCCAAGGGUCGUGGGAAAGGGUUUGGGGGCUAUUAAUGCUGGGUUGGAUAUGGUACUCCGGGGGGGUGAGCUGUACGAAGUUGGUUGUUGA